AACACACAUCUUUUUCUGAUGAGCACGUGUUCGACUGUCAUCCAUGUAGCUCCCUUGUUGUAAACCACAUCAACAACAGACAUUACAUAAUCGUGGACUCCAUCCAGCAGCUUUCCGCAGGGGUGAACUCAUUCUCGGCCUCUGAUUGAGUCAUGCUGUUGGCAGACAUUUAAUAGGUCGGGCGCAAAAGUCGAAGGCUGGGAUAUGCUGACGGAUAAGUCAAUCCCUGCUCAGGGAGGCGGCUGCUGAGUGCGCAGACGCAGAGGGGGCGGGUCAGACUUUGGCCGGAAACACUGAGCUGGAUUUGGAAGUAAUCUGCACAGGAGGAGUUUAAAGUAGAUCUGAAAAGAUACAAGGUCUUGUUUUAUCAAAUACUUUUCCAAUGGAGGAUUCAAUUGAUCUGAUCCUACAAGAUCACAGCAGCAUCUUUCCAACCAACAAACCCCAUCCCAUCGUGUCAGCUGGCACAGGGGCUCUGCUCACAGGCCUGUACGGAGUAUGGAGCAUCUUCACCCUGCCUGGCUUCCGCAAAAUCCCUUGGAAACUUAAGGUUCCAUAUCUGCCGUCCUGUAAAGAUCAAACUCGGAACGUCAUGACGUUGCUUGAGGGACGAAGAGGUCGCCUUGCAGAUCUGGGAUCAGGAGAUGGAAGAUUGGUGUUUGCAGCCUCGUCUGCUGGUUUCCAGAGCACAGGAUUUGAAAUCAACCCCAUUUUGGUGGCAUUUGCCAGGAGCAAAGCCUUUUGGAGAGGAGUCCCAGCCAGCCAAGUGGUCUUCCUGAAAGAAGACUUCUGGAAGACGGAUUUGUCUUCUUUCAACAAUGUGACGGCUUUUCUCGCUCCAGGAGUGAUGGAGUUGCUGGGGGAGAAGUUGUUGAUGGAACUUCCUGACGAGGCGCGUGUCAUCACAUGUCGUUUCCCUUUUCCUAAUUGGCCUCAAAAAAUCUCCAUGGGCUCCGGUCUUAAUGAAGUAUUUGCCUAUGACAUGAGAGCCGUUCGCUCGCUCUUAAGAAGUUCACCGAGCACAACCUGCAAAUAAGCAGCUUCCUGAUGCUGUCAAUCUGAGCUGCACUAAACCAGGCUGUCGCUUUCUUUUUUGCUUUAAUGAAAUCAUCACUUAAACAGCCUCACUGAGUUAUUUUUGGAGAAUAAUUUAAAAAACUCUUAAAGGAGGAAAAAAAAAACCCUGCUGGGAUUAUUCAUGCUUUGCAAAUCAGCCUGAGCCUCAUUCAGAGGAAGAAAUGUAUUUUUGUACAUUUAUUAGUCUUAGCUUUACCAAAAAUCUAAUUUUAAUAACAAUGUUCCAUGAAUUUCUGAGAGACUUAUUCUUAUCUGUCUUAAAUAAGUUGAUUGUGCUAAAGGCGAUGAAAUCUGCAAAAACUGUAUAUGUAGCGCUUUGUCAAUUAAAUAGAAGUUUAUUUUCAAGG